AGCUCCGUGUGACGUCAUCUUUUACGAGUUGAGACUGCAAAUGUUUGUUGAUACUUUUUCUGUCCGUUUUUCAAUCAAAGACACUGAAAAUGUCGGCAGAUCCAAUGCGAAAGGCGUACAAGUACACCUGCAACACGAUUCGACCGCAGAUGUACAGUGAGAAGUCUUUGAUUGAGAGUGUUGUUGAUUUCUUCUCCGAUGUCGUCCCACAGGCAUAUAGCGGAAGUCAGAAAGGUGAAGACAGGGAGAAGAUACAAUGGGUGAAGUUUGAGAACUGUGAUAUCAAUGAUGUUUCCAAGAACCCAGACAUGUUUCGCUCCGACACUAAGGGCCUGCCUCUGCUUCUGAUCCUUGGUUACAGCAAUGGAGUCCAGAUCUGGCACAUUACAACUAAUGGCGAGGCCCAGGAGGUGUUAUCCCUGCGCCAAGGACCUGUCAGAGUGUGUAGGGUGCUUCCAAACCCUGAACCAGUUCUUGGCUACACAGACGAGUUCAGCUCUAAGCGACCACUGAUAGUUCUCUGUGACUCCUCUAGUGCGGGUCAGCCAUACUGUGGUAUCAAGUUGGUGUCCCUGCGCUCUGGAGAUGAAGUACACAGUGUCAGUUUCAAGACAUUGCCUGUACAGAACGUAGAGUGCAAUAAGAGGUUCCUGGUGACAGUGUUUCUGGAGAAAGUGUGUGUGUACGAGACGUGUGGCUUCAAGCAGCUGUUCUGGAUCACAAGUUGCUACCCCUGCCCAUGCAUCAGUGCAAACCCCAUAGCACUGAGUACACGAUGGCUGGCAUACGCAGACAAGCGCCUGGUUGCCAUGCAUCAGUCCUGCGGAGGAAUGUCCGGUGAUGGGGCUCAGUCAUACGCUGCCACAGUCAUUAGCGCUGCCAAGGGAGCAUUUAAGGGUCUGUCCAUGUUUGGUGAGGCGAUGGUGAGCUCCGUGACAGGAAGUAAAGCCAGUGCCCCCAAGAGAGACCCGGUACAUCUGGACAAUGGGAACCAGCCUGGAAUCGUCUCUGUCAUUGACAUACAGACCAUCCAUAAUGACCAUUUCAAUGUGACAGAAGACAACGAGGGUGGUGGCUUACUGGCCCACUUUCACGCCCACGCCAACGAGCCUGUGGCCCACAUGGCGUUUGACCCUACUGGUACUCUGCUUGUGACCGCCUGCAAGCUGGGACACAACUUUCAUGUGUUCCGCUUGAUGGCACAUCCUGUUAGCUCCUCACUGGGCGCAGUCCACCACCUAUAUACCCUGCAUCGGGGUGACACUACUGCCAAGGUGAUUGAUGUGAGUUUCACACAUGACAGUCGCUGGGUGACAGUGAGCUCACAUCGAGGGACCACACAUCUCUUCCCCAUAACAUCCUAUGGAGGUCCCGUGAACAUCCGCACCCAUGGAAAACCCCACGUUGUGAACCGAGCCAGCAAGUUCCGUAUGAGUGCAGGACUGGAUGACCUUGACCCAGCCCAUGUGGAGAGACGAUCCCCCAUCCUGUCAACAAGCCCAAGUUCUUCGGGUCAAUAUGACCGCUACCCAACACUGAUCCAGCAGAAUACACUGAACAACAACAUGGGCAACCCGCGCCUGCCGCCCUACCCCCACCCUAUCACCAUCCAGCCUGCUUACCAGAUCAAGCAGCCCCUCAAUGUGGUGCUGAACCCUGCCAGCAAGAACGCGAGCCCCAGUCACAGCCCCACAGGGCUGGACAAUGUGUAUUCUGUGUGCGCCAGGUUCUGCACACCCAGGCUGUGUGUGGUUGGCUCUCCAAAAUUGGACCUUGAGAGAAAUGCGGGUAAGCGGCCUGUGGACUCUCUGUUUGUGAUGGCCCAGUCCGGGACGCUGGUGGAGUACAUGCUGGAGCCAAGGGCCCGUACCGUAGGAGACAAGGUCACAGAGGACUGCACCCUGGAACUAGGGGUCGUUGGCCGCAUGCAGUGGAACUUGCAGAGGCUGAAGAACUCUCACGAGCUGCGACCUCCAUUACCUAGCAACAGUCCCCUGAUGUUGGCACAUGAAGCGGUCGUGUCUCAAGUACCCACUGCACCAGACCUGUAUGACCUGCCGGGUCUAACCCGUCAUGACUCCCGUGACAGCCUCUCAUCAGACCACAGCGCCAGAGAUGACCUUGAUGAGAUGUGGGUCUCACAGGUAGAAAUCAUCACUCACGUUGGUCCUCAUCGCCGUUUGUGGAUGGGCCCGCAGUUCUCUUUCAAGACGUACCAGGAGAACACAACUGUGCUGUCGUCCCAUUCAUCCUCUCUUCUCUCACAGAGUCCCGAGUCCAACAUGGUUGCCAUGGAUAUGGCAGUCGAUGAGGGAGACCUGGAAAGUCUUAAGUUACAGCCAACCCGCUCCAAUCCGGUUUCUAUGCCCAAUGUGAGGCCUGCAUACAGGGGUCCCCUAGGCAGUGAUGCCAGUUCCUCCCCGGGGCAGGCUGCAGGCAACCCACUCAUGAUUGAAGCAGGCAGUUUUGACCAGUCUCCAUACCUACUUGACGUGUACAGCAACUGGACUGAGUCCACUGUUGCCAAGCAGCCUCGCUGCAGUAUUGACCUGGAGGAAGACUGCCUGAAGGAGAUAGCAGACGCUAUGACAGAGUCACCCAUUAAGGACAUGGAGAAACUCUCGCUCAGACAGCAUGACCUGUUCGGCAGCAGUAACGAGAACCUGAGCUCGAGUUCUGGCUCUAGCUGCGGCCUGCUUCCCAUGCGCGCACAGGAAACUCUCAUAGCCGACAACGUAUUCUCCUUAGGACCCGAGUCCAUCGACUCAAGCUGAUCCGGAUGUCCGCGCGUCCAGGAGUCACGAGCUGACGUCGCGAUUGGGCUUAUCCGGUGGACAACCGUCAGUUUCCAUGUGCAAGUGGUUAUCAGUAGACUAGCGAGACGAUUGGUGUAACUUAAAUCGGCCAUGAAUUUCUUAGAUCUAUUGUUAAAUCAAAAUACAUGAUCUUUAUAAAGAACUGAAAAUCACACAGAUCACCGACGGGAGCGUCUGGCGUCGGAAUUGAUCUAGAGUAACGUACAACAUACGUAACACAAAUUGAAUUAUGCAUUCCACGCAGUUUUGUUAAGCUAUCGCCUCUUGCACUGAGGUCAAUCAAGAUUUGACUUUAUAUAGAACACAGUUGUUAACUUUGAAAUCAUUAAAAUACAUUGAAAUUCUUGCGACAGGAAGAAAUGAGCGUCGAAGCAAGUCGGUGUCACGAAAAGAACCUGAGUGAAUAGACACUAAAAUGUAAUUGUCAAGAAUAGGUUAAAAUACACUUAAAUUAUGUAUAGUUGUUCAGUGCACGUUCACGGACGCCCGUGAUCUGAUGCUCAUUUUAAUUGUGAUGAUUAUGUUUUUCUGUAUAAGUUAAAGCUUUCAAAUGUUCAUUUUCAAACGCUUGGGGUUAUGGUUUGAAAAAACUAUGAGAUGCGUUUGUCCAUGUAAAACACUAAGAUGAUGGGUCUUGGUGUAUCAGUUUAUAAUUAUUGCGAGGACCAAUUUCAACAUAACAUCAUAAGAGUCUAAAGUAUGUUUCUAAUAAGCGAUCACUUCAAUCUUGUUUUGGAAGGACGUUGAUUAGGUUUCUGAUGAAGUUAUUUUAAUCGGAGUUAUAAAGAGGAUGUUCCAUGUUUUCGAUAUAAUUUCACGAAUGAUUAGAGACAUAAUACAUUUUCUACCAUCUCGAGUGAAAAAGCACAUUUAUAUUUUUUCAAAAACUGUUUAGCUCACUUGAGCACAAUAUGCUCAUGGUCAGCUUUUGUGAUCGAUUUUUGUCCGUCGUGCGGCGUCAAAAUUUGCCUUGUUAACACUCUAGAGGCUACAUUUAUUGUCCGAUCUUCAUUACAUUUGUUCAGAAGAUUUGUGCCACUGAUAUCUAGGACGAGUUCAAAAAUGGUUCCGGUUGGUUGAAAAACAUGGCCGCCACAGGGCGGGGCAUUUUUAAUAAUAUGGCUAUAGUAAAACAUUGUUGACACUAUAUAGGCCACAUAUUUUGUCCGAUCAUUAUGAAACUUCGUAGAACAUUUAUCCUAAUGAUAUCUUGGAUGAGCUCGAAAAUGUUUCCUGCUGGUCGAAAAACAUGUACACUAGGGGGCCGGUCAUUUUUCCUUCUUUGGCUUCAGUAAAACUUUGUUAACACUCUAGAGGCAACAUUUAUUGCCCGAUCUUGAAGAAACUUGGUCAGAAGAUUUGUACCAAUUAUAUCUUUGCUGGUUUGAAAAUUGUUGCAGUUGGUUGAAAAACAUGGCCGCCAAGGGGCGAUGGCAUUUUGAGCUCACCUUAGCACAAUGUGCUUAUGGUGAGCUUUUUAAAUCGCUUUUUGUCCGUCGUGCGUUGUGCGGCGAUGAUACCUUGGACAAGUUUAAAAUGGUUCCAGUUGUUUGAAAAAGAUUGCCGCCAGAGGACGGGACAUUUUUCCUUAUAUGGCUUCAUAUGGCUAUAGUUAAACCUUGUUAACACUCUAGAGGCCUCAUUUAUUGUCUGAUCUUCAUGAAACUUGGUCAAAACAUAUGUUCUAAUGAUAUAUUGGAUGAUUUCGAAAAUGGUUCUGUUCUGUUGAAAAACAUGGCCGCCAGUGUGCUGGACAUUUUUCCUUAGAUGGCUAUAGUAAAACCUUGUUAAAACAAUUUAGGGAACAUUUAUUUCCCAUCAUCAUGAAACUUGGUCAGAAGAUUUGUCCCAAUGAUAUAUUGGAAGACUUCGAAAAUGGGUCAAGUUGCUUGAAAAACAUGGCCGUAAGUGUGUGUGGGGGCAUACUUUUUCCUAUAUGGCUAUAGUAAAACCUUGUUAACACUCUAGAGGCCACAUUUAUCGUCCGAUCUUCAUGAAACUUGGUCAUAAUAUUUGUCUCAAUGAUAUAUUGGCCGAGUUUUAAAAUGAUUCCGCUUGGUUGAAAAACAUGGCCGCAAUGGGUUAGGGAAUCUUUCCAUAUAUGGCUGUUUUUAAACCGUGCCAACCAACACUCUAGAUGCCACAUUAAUUGUCCGAUCUUCGUGAAACUUGGUCAUAAAAUUUGUCUCAAUAAUAUCUUGGAUGAGUUUUAAAAUGGUUCCGGUUGGUUGAAAAACAUGGCCGCCUGGGGGCAGGGGCAAUUUUCCUUUAAUGGCUAUAGUAAAACCCUGUUAACACUAUAGAAAUCACAUUUAUUGCCCAAUCUUCCUAAAACCUGGUCAGAAUAUUUGUUCUAAUCAUAUCUUGGAUGAGUUCGAAAAUGGUGUUGGUUUGUAUAAAAACAUGACCGCUAGGGGCGGGGCAUUUGUCCUUAUAUUGUUAUAGUAAAACCUUGUUAACAUUCUUGGUCACAUUUAUAGUCCAGUCUUUAUUAUAUCCCCAUUACCAAUGCUAAUGGGGGCUAUAAAGGAGUCACUUUGUCGGUUGAUCGGUCGGUUAGUCCCGAAAAUGUUAUCAGGUCUUCACCAAACUUGGUCAAAAGUUGUAUCUAGAUGAUGUCUAGGUCAAGUUUGAAUAUGGGUCAUGCCGAAUCAAAAACUAGGUCACGGGGUCACUUUUAAACCGAAAGUUUGUCCGGACCAUACCUACGUGAUGUAUCGUUAGAUUUUAAAAUGACUUGGUACAUAUGUUGACCAUCAUGGGACGGUGUGUCAUGCGAAAGAAGAACGUCGAUAUCCCCAAGGUCAAGGUCACUCUUGGAGUUGCCCAUGAAUGAGCUUGUCCGGGCCAUAACUUUGUCAUUUAUUGUGAGACUUAAAUAUCAUUUAGCACAUUUGUUCACCAUCAUUGGACGGUGUGUCAUGCGAACGAAUUACGUCGAUAUCUUUAGAUAAAGGUCACACUUUGAGUUCAAAGGUCAAAAAUGGCCAUAAAUGAGUUUGUCCGGGCCAUAACUAUGCCAUAACUAUGUCGUUCAUUGUGAGAUUUUAAAAUCAUUUGGCUUAUUUGUUCACCAUCAUUUGACGGUGUGUCAUGCAAAUGAAUUACGUCGAUAUCCCCAAGGUCAAGGUCACACUUUGAGUUCAAAGGUCAAAAAUGGCCAUAAAUGACCUUGUCCGGGCCAUAACAAUGUCGUUCAUUGUGAGAUUUUAAAAUCAUUUGGCACAUUUGUUCACCAUCGUUGGGCGGUGUGUCAUGCGAAAGGAUUACGUCGAUAUCUGUAACGUCAAGGUCAUACUUUGAGUUCAAAGGUCAAAAAUGGACAUAAAUGAUCUUGUCCUGGCCAUAACUAUGCCAUUCAUUGUGAUAUAUUGAAAUUACUCGGUACAUAUUAAUUUUGUUCACAAUCAUUGGACGGUGUGUCAUGCGAAAAAAUUAUGUGGAUUUCUCCAAGGUCAAGGUCACACAUUGAGUUCAAAAGUCAAAAAUGGCCAUACAUGAGCUUGUCCGGGCCAUAACUAAGUCAUUCAUUGUGAGAUUUAAAAAUGACUCUGUACAUUAAUUUUGUUCACAUUAAUUGGACGGCGUGUCAUGCGAAAGAAUUCAAGAGGUCAAGGUCAAAAUGGCUAUACAUGAUAAUGGCAUAAUAAUUCUUAAAAAUCGCCCAAAAUUAGCUUCUCUUGUUUUGUGAAGAAAGCAUGCAAAAUAUUCUGUGUCGAUGCAGCAUGUGGAAGUAUACGUCACGUGUGUGGUAAAGCUCUAGUUGAACUUGGUCUAAACAUUUUUUGUAAUGAUAUCUCUGAUUUGUUCGAAAAUGGUUCCGGUCUGUUGAAAAGCAUGGCCGACAAUCUUAUACGACUAUAGUAAAACCUUGUUUUCCCUCUCAAAGUCACAUUAAUAGUUCAAUCUUUAAAGAAUCUUGGUCAGAAAAUUGGUUCAAAUGAUAUCAUGGGCUUCAUAGAGAACAGUCAUAUCAGUUCCUUUGUAACUCAUGUGAGCGACUUUGGGCCAUCCAGGUCUUCUUGUCUUCAAAUAUAAUAAACGUGAGUCAUUUUCUUCAACUACAAUACAGGGUAGUAUUUUCUUAAAGGUGUAAAUACAUGUAAAUAGCAAGGUUUUUAAAUACAUUUAUUUUAAAUUACAACUAGUACUUUGCUCCAUAAACUAAAUAAUAAUAUUUUUAUUAUGAUUAUAAUAAUAAUGAUUACUCUUGAUUUUAUGUUCCUUUAACGAUUGAAAAAAAAAAUUGUUGUUUUUUCUAAUCUUUUACGAACAUUUUGUCCUUGAAAUUGUUUCGGUUUGAUCUCAUAGUUGCAAUUGUGUUCAAGCUGUCAUGCCCACACGGUAUAAAUUUCGUCUUGAUUCAUUCUGUUACGCAGUAUUCUGAGCCUUGUGAGGCUCGACUUAGGAAAACUUUGCUUAAUACAUAUUCUUACAAUUUCAUCCCAGAUAAGCCUGUGCUUUCCUCACAGGAUAAUAUGGGACGACACUUUUCUUCGCUUUUAUGGAAUUGUUCGUGGCUGAGAUAGACGAAGAUCCAGUGUGAACGGAAGGUAUUUAGCCAGUGCGGACUGCACUGACUUAUCUGGGAUGACACUUUACACAUAUGCUGUAAUCCUAUAGUGUUCCUCACAACGAGGCGCAUUAAAGAAACAUCGUCAUAAAAAUCAAUUUAUAUCACUUUCCAUAAUUUUGAUGGAUAUGAAAUGAACAAUUCAACUAAUUUGACGGAGUUAAAUCAUUGUGCGACAACUUUACUAAAACAUUUAUUGUUUUAUGUUCAUGAACAAAACGAGUUGGAAUAAUCUCUCAACUACGAUAUUGCGUUCUCCUAUGGGUAUUAUUAUUAUCAUUUACAUACGAGAGAUGUUGCCACAUUUUUGUGUAAAAUAUGUUCUUUACAAAUCAUUAUUCUGGUAAAUACUAAGAUGCGAUAAUUAAAUUUCUUAUUAUUUGAUUUUUAAUGAAAUAUGAUUUAACAAUGUCUAUGGUGAGCUUCAUUAUGAAAUAUGAUUACUAAAACAAAACAUUUCAUUUUGAAUGAGGCAAUAAUAAAUAUACUGCAUGAAAUCUCGAGUGAGUAUUGUUUUGAUAGUUUACUGGUAAAGACGUUCCGUUUUCGUUGUAUGUGCCUGUUUAAAUGUUUUUUUCAUGUUCAUAUAAUUUAAUUAUUAUUUGGUUUAAUUUUUUGAGCGGUGUCAAUAUCUGUUUUCAAAGUUUAUUAUUUUAAGUGCGAAACAAACAUCUAGCGGUUGCCCACUAAGUAAAUUAAUAUCGUUACCAAGUUAAGUUUGUUGUUACUUUUUAAACUUACAUGUGCUGUUUGAAAAUCAUGUUCACAUAUAGAUUUCAUAUUAUAUAGUCAUUUGGAGUUAUACUUAUAUUUGCAUGAUUGUUGUUGUUAUUCAUGUUUAUGACUUCAUUUAAAGUUACUUUUUUUAGAGAGUAUUUGUGUAUGUUAUUACAUAUAUAUAUUAUAUCAAUUUGCGCUUUUUUACGAUUGACUGCAAGAUAUUUUCACUUUAUUUGCGUUUUGAACAUUGUCAUCGUUUUCGACUUAAACAAUCGGAUAUUUUGUAUUAUCUGUAUACUUAAAGAUGGUGUGACUUCAUGUCUUUCAUUUAAAGAGAGUAUGCACGAUUUUGUCAAAUAUUUAUAAAUUUAUAUAAAAUGUGUAAAAAACUUAAACAUAUAUUUCAAUAUAAAUUAAAAUAAAAGUUAAAAAGGACAUGUGACGAAAAAUUCGAAAUAAGCCAGAUACAGAAUGUAUAUCAUGCAUGUACGAUGCGAAUCUAAAUUCAUACGACACAAAGACACAAUUUUGUUUUACGGAUCAUUUUUAUUUCCUGCAGCGAUAUCUAUGCAUACGACACACGAAAACUAACUCCGAUCCUAAUAAAAUGACGAAUGCUUCGGUAAUUGUAGGAAAAUAUUAACGAAAUUUCUUCGUCACAAUCGGCUCGGGGUGCUAAUUUGUCUUUGUUGCAUUUUAUGUAAUUCGUCUUCAAUGUAUACUUUUUCUUGCCUAUUUUGUGUUAUUGUAACAUAUUUUUUAUCAAUAUAUUACAAUUGAACACAUAUAAAAAGCGUGCAUACUCUCUUUAAUGAAUUUUAGCUCACCUGAUUGCUCAGGUGAGCUUUUGUGACCGGUCUUUGUCCGUCGUCCGUCCGUCCGUCCGUUAACAUUUGUUCUUAAAUACUCUAGAGGCCACAUUUAUUGUCCGAUCUUCAUGAAACUUGGUCAGAAGCUUCGUCCCAAUGAAAUCUCGGUCGAAUUCGAAACUGGGUCGUGCCGGUUAAAAAACUAGGUCACUAGGUCAAAAAAAGAAAAAACUUGUAAACACUGUAGAAGUCACAUUUCAUGCUCAAUCUUCAUGUAACUUUGUCAAAAUGUUUGUCUAAAUGAUAUGUUGGUUGAGUUCAAAAGUGGUUCCGGUCCGUUGAAAAACAUGGCCGCCAGUGGGCGGGGCAGUUUUCCUUAUUUGGCUAUAGAGAAACCUUGUAAACACUCUGGAAGUCACAAUGUUUGCCCAAUCAUCAUGAAAGUUGGUCAAAAAAUUGGUUUUAUUGAAUACUCGGACGAGUUUGAAAAUGGUCCAGAUCGGUGAAAAAACAUGGUCGCCAGUGGGCGGGGCAUUUUUCUCUAUAUGUAUAUAGUGAAAACAUGUCAACACUCUAGAAGUCACAUUUUUGGCCAAAUUUUCAUGAAUUUUUAUCAGAACUUUUGUUUCCUAGAUACGUGAGUUAAGUUUGAAAAUGGUUCCGGUCUGUUGAAAAACAUGGUUGCCAGGGGGACGUGGCAGUUUUCCUUAAAUUUAUAUAGUAAAAUGGCUUGCAAACAAUCAUGAAUUAAGGUCAUGUAACAUGUGAGACAACUCUUCUAAAUAUUGCAUUUAAGAAUACAGUAGUUACUCCCCUUUGAUUAUUAAUGUUUUCAUAAUAAUACAGUGUAGUUGUGUUUCAUUUAUGUGUUAAUUGUUAUUCGAGGUUGGAUGUUUUGGGGCAUAUAGUGAUCGGACUGUCCGUCCGUCUGUCUGUCUGUCCGUCUGUCCGUCUUUCCGUCACACUUUGCAUUUAGGUUUCCAAAAAUGCUCAUAACUUCUAUGUCCCUUGAGAUAUAACCUUCAUAUUUGAUAUGCAUGUGUAUAUGGACAAGGCCUUUCCUUACGCACACAUUUUUUUAGCCCUGUGACCUUGACCUUGAACUUAGAGUCCGCGUUAAGGUUUUAAAAUCUGCGUUAAGGUUUCGAAAAAUGCUCAUAUCUAUGUCCCUUGAGAUAUAACCUUCAUAUUUGGUAUGCAUGUGUAUAUGGACAAGGCCUUUCCUUACGCACACAUUUUUUAGCCCUGUGACCUUGACCUUGAACUUAAGGUCCUCGUUAAGGUUUCAAAAUCUGCGUUAAGGUUUCGAAAAAUGCUCAUAAUUUCUAUGACCCUUGAGAUAUACCGGUAACCUUCAUAUUUGGUAUGCAUGUGUAUAUGGACAAGGCCUUUCCAUACGCACAUUUUUUUUAACCCCUGUGACUUUGACCUUGAACUUAGUCUUCGCGUUAAGGUUUCGAAAUCUGCGUUUAGGUUUCGAAAAAUGCUCAUAACUUCUAUGUCCCUUGAGAUAUAACCUUCAUAUUUGGUAUGCAUGUGUAUAUGGACAAGGCCUUUCCAUACGCACACAAUUUUUAACCCCUGUGACUUUGACCUUGAACUUAGGGUCCGCGUUUAGGUUUCGAAAUCUGCGUUUAGGUUUCGAAUAAUGCUCAUAACUUCUAUGUCCCUUGAGAUAUAACCUUCAUAUUUGGUAUGCAUGUGUAUAUGGACAAGGCCUUUCCAUCUAAAUCUGCGUUUAGGUUUCGAAAAAUGCUCAUAACUUCUAUGUCUCUUGAGAUAUAACCUUCAUAUUUGGUAUGCAUGUGUAUAUGGACAAGGCCUUUCCAUACGCACAAAAAAAUUUACCCCUUUGACCUUGACCUUGAAAUAGGGUCCGCGUUUAGGUUUCAAAAUCUGUGUUUAGGUUUCGAAAAAUGCUCAUAACUUCUUAGUCCCUUGAGAUAUAACCUUCAUAUUUGGUAUGCAUGUGUAUAUGGACAUGGCCUUUCCAUACGCACAAUUUUUUUCCCCUGUGACCUUGACCUUGAACUUAGGGUCCGCGUUGAGGUUUCGAAAUCUGCGUUUAGGUUUUGAAAAAUGCUCAUAACUUCUUUGUCCCUUGAGAUAUAACCUUCAUAUUUGGUAUGCAUAUAUAUAUGGACAAGGCCUUUCCAUACGCACAAAAAGUUUUACCCCUGUGACCUUGACGUUGAACUUAGGGUCCGCGUUUAGGUUUCGAAAUCUGUGUUUAGGUUGUGAAAGUGCUCAUAGCUUCAAUGUCCUUUGAGAUAUAACCUUCAUAUUUGGUAUGCAUGUGUAUAUGGACAAGGCCUUUCCAUACGCACACAAUUUUUUACCCCUGUGACCUUGACCUUGAACUUAGGGUCCGCGUUUAGGUUACGAAAUCUGCGUUCAGUUUCGAAAAAUGCUAUAACUUCUAUCAAAGCGUUUAUAGGGGGCAUAUGUCAUCCUAUUGUGACAGCUCUUGUUUUUAGCUCACCUGAUUGCUCAGGACGGUACGCUUUUGUGACUGGUCUUUGUCCGUCCGUCCACAUUUGUUCUUAAACACUCUAGAGGCCACAUUUAUUGUCCGAUCUUCAUGAAACUUGGUCAGAAGAUUUGUCCCAAUGAAAUCUCGAUCGAGUUUGAAACUUGGUCAUGUUGGGUCCAUUGAAAAAAAAUGGUCCAGAUCGGUGAAAAAACAUGGCAUUUUUCUCUAUAUGUAUAUAGUGAAAACAUGUGAACACUCUAGAAGUCACAUUUUUUGCCCAAUCAUCAUGAAACUUGGUGAAUAGAUUUUAUAUAUUUAUAUAUAUAUAUAUAUAUAUAUAUAUAUAUAUAUAUAUAUAUAUAUAUAUAUAUAUAUAUAUAUAUAUAUAUAUAUAUAUGAGUUUGCAAAUCGUCCCGAUGGGUCAAUAAACAUGGCUGCCUGUGGGGUGGGGCAGUUUUCCUUAUGUGACUAUAUAGAGAGAAACCUUGUGAUCGAACAUUAUAGAAGUCACAUUUUUUCCCUAAUCAUCGCGAAACUUAGUCAAUACUUUGGUUUUAUUGAUUUCUUGGACAAGUUGGAAAAUGGCUCAGAUCGGUGAAACACACUUUUUAGCUCACCUGAUUGCUCAGGUGAGGUUUUAGGAUUGGUCUUUGUCCGCUGUCCGUCCGUCCACAUUUGGUUUGUAAACACUCUAGCAUUCACAUUUCUCAAGCAUUCUUUAUCAAAGUUGCUAGAGAUCUCUGUCAAGUUUGAUGAUGAGUAAAUUCACAUAAUUAAUGCCAUAAUUAUUGCCCUUAUAUUGUCCAAAUUUUCAUUAUAUUAUACAAAAUCCUUGUAAGCAAAGUUUGAUGUGUGGGGGGUCAACUCAAAAUAUAGGUCACCAUUUCAAAUCUUACAAAAACAAAAGCACUUCCUACGCCAGAGUUUUCGUUCAAUAAUGAUGAAACUUGACCAGGAUGUUUGUCUGGUCAAUAUCUAGGUCAUGUUUGACAUUAGGUAAAGAUUGAAUGAACCGACUCCUCUCAGGUGAGCGAACUAGGGCCAUCUUGGCCCGCUUGUUUUAUCUAACAGUUUAGUUGCAUUUGAUUUUAAACAGCAUUUGAAAUCUUACACAUUAUGUAAGGGAAUUGAAUUUGUUAUGCCCCGCCUUGAAUAUUGCAGAGGGGCAAAAAAAGUUAACCGUGUCCGUUUUUUGUUUGUUGUGGUAAUGGUGUGAGACAUUUGUAUGCUCCCCGAAAAUUUUCGGGGAGCAUAUAGUUGCCAGUUUGUCCUUCCUUACUUCCUUCCCUACUUUCUUCCUUCCGUCACACUUUUGUUACAGUUUCUUAAUAUUUUACCGAUCUCUUACAUAUUUGGCAUAAAGGUAACUUGCAUGGACCUCUACCGUUUUAUGAGGUUUGAGGUCACUUUGGUCAAGAUCAAGGUCACCGAGGCUAAUAAUAGAUUGUCUCAAGGUUUCCGUCACACUUUUGUUUCAGUUUCUCAUAGCGCUUUCUAAUAUUUUACCGAUCUCUUACAUAUUUGGCAUUUAGGUACCUUGCAUGGACCUCUACCUUUUAAUGAGGUCUGAGGUCACUGGGGUCAAGGUCACCGAGGCUAAUAAUAUAUUUUCUCAAGGUCACACUAGGGUUACAGUUUUUCAUAGCGCCUUCAAUAUUUUACCGAUCUCUUACAUAUUUUGCACGUAGGUACCUUGCAUGGACCUCUACCUUUUGAGGUUUGUGGUCACUGGGGUCAAGGUCAUAUAAGGGGAGCAUCCCUGUUUUCUGUAUAGUUUUAGCAUAUUCCUUCUAUGUAUAUAAUGAAGGUAUAUGUCCGUGUCCGACACAUACCUUUGUCGUUCUUGAAAGGCUUUUGAAAUAGAUUGGUCACAUCGGAUUCAAUAUAAUGACUGCAUCGUUCAUUAUGUGAUUUCGUAAUAAAUUGCCAACAAAUUAUGUUAUAAAUGAUAGUUCAUGUUCAUGUGACCGUCUGUUCUAUUGUACCCAUUAUGUGUGGUAAGAAAUACUUGUUUAUGUGUACAGUGGAAUUAAGCGUCGGUGUUUGUGUUCCUCUAACUACUAGACUUGUAUAUGUUGUUUUUUUCUGUUUUUUUUUAACUGAAAGUUGCUUAUUAAGAAUACUUGUUAAAAUAAACUGCUUUAAAUUCAAAAUACAGCAGCUGUGUAUUUA